UCUCCAGGAUAUGCACUAGUAGUGCUCCGGCAUCGAGGAAAGUUUCCCAGCUCUUCAACGUAGAUGGAGUUCGGAGACGGAAUUCGCUGCGUUUGCUGGGAUUAUGAACGUCGCUUUAAGUUCUAAAAGUUCUAAAAGUCGACGACGGGCAAUGUCGCCUGAAACUGGAAGCUUGCAUUGUGAGAGAUCGACCAAAAAUACUAUCUCCUGGUUCCUGACCGAUGGCUGAGUAGCUGUAGUUGGAAAGUAGCCUACAUAUUCGACCUCCGCCCGGAAAGCACUUCCUUAAUUUAUUCUAAAUAAAGGUCUGCAGCAUCAGAUGGCAUCAUGAUUCUCCUGGUCUUAAUGAUGCUGGUCUUGCCUUCUUCCAGCAUGGAAGAUAAGGAAGCAGGAUUGAGCCGAAAGGACUUCGAGUGCGUGUGUGAGGGGGCGGCGUCUUGCGCCGGAGGGGACCGCUGUUUCGGCCAGCGGUGCUACUCCGCCCUCUCCACCCGGAACGGGACGUCCCUCCGCCAGAAGGGAUGUGUCCUGGGGAGCGGCAGAGAGGGGGGGGUGGCCUGCGAAAGCCCCCCGUCCCCAGACCUGACGGUGGAGUGCUGCCAGGGCCACCUGUGCAACAUGAACGUCACCGUGGAAACACCAGUCCGAGACGAGGAGGUGAAGCCGGCCUCCAAGGAGCACGAGUGCGUGUGCGAGGGCCGUUCGUGCGUGAGCGGGGACCGCUGUUUCGGCCAGCAGUGCUUCUCCUCGCUGACCCUCAGCGACGGGGCCCCCGUCUACCAGAAGGGCUGCUUCAAAGUGUACGAGCAGGGCAGGAUGACCUGCAAGACCCCGCCCUCCCCAGACCAGAUCGUGGAAUGCUGCCAGGGCCACCUCUGCAACCUCAACAUCACUGUGGAGCUUCCCGUGCGAGGGAGAUCAGGUGACGGUCUGAGUUACAGCGUCACCACCUUGGCGGUCGUCAUCGUUGCCCCUGUGGUGGUCCUCAUCGUCCUGUCGGGGAUCGCCAUCCUGGUGUUUCGGCGGAUCCACCAGCACAAGAUGGAGAGGCUGACAGCGAGGGACGCAGAGUACGGCACCAUCGACGGCCUCAUCGCCUCCAACGUCGGGGACAGCACGCUGGCGGAUUUGCUGGAUCAUUCAUGCACUUCAGGAAGCGGCUCUGGGCUUCCGUUCCUUGUGCAGAGGACCGUCGCCCGGCAGAUCACACUCAACGAGUGUGUGGGAAAGGGGCGCUAUGGAGAGGUGUGGAGGGGUCAGUGGCAGGGCGAAAGUGUGGCGGUGAAGAUCUUCUCCUCGCGAGAUGAGAAGUCCUGGUUCCGGGAGACGGAAAUCUACAACACCGUGCUGCUCAGACAUGAGAACAUCUUGGGCUUCAUCGCGUCGGACAUGACCUCCCGGAACUCCAGCACGCAGCUCUGGCUGAUCACGCACUUCCACGAGAUGGGCUCCCUGUACGACUACUUGCAGCAGAGCACGCUGGACGCCGCCGGGUGCCUGCGCAUGGCGCUGUCCAUCGCCAGCGGCCUGGCCCACCUGCACGUGGAGAUCUUCGGCACGCAGGGCAAGCCCGCCAUCGCCCACCGCGACCUCAAGAGCAAGAACAUCCUGGUCAACAGGAACGGCCAGUGCUGCAUCGCCGACCUGGGUCUGGCUGUGAUGCAUUUUCAAGACACCAACGAGUUAGACGUGGGGAACAACCCAAAAGUGGGAACCAAGCGCUACAUGGCACCAGAGGUCCUGGACGACACCAUCCAGACGGACUGCUUCGAGUCCUACAAGCGGGUCGACAUCUGGGCCUUUGGUCUGGUCCUGUGGGAGAUUGCCAGGAGGACUGUGAGCAACGGAAUUGUAGAAGACUACAAACCACCCUUCCACGACGUGGUGCCCAGCGACCCCAGCUUUGAGGACAUGAGGAAGGUGGUCUGCACGGAUCAGCAGCGGCCCAAUAUCCCCAACAGAUGGUUCUCAGAUCCGACUCUAACAUCGAUUGCCAAACUUAUGAAGGAGUGCUGGUACCAGAAUCCAUCUGCCAGACUAACCGCUUUACGGAUCAAAAAGACACUUACAAAAAUCGACAACUCUCUGGACAAAAUUAAAGCGGAUUGCUGAACAGCUUCCUGGAGGGAGAGUUUAAGGCCUUCUAGAUGUCCAGAAGAGAGGUGCCAGGACUACAUGGGCGCAGUGCUCUUAUAGUUGCACAUACUAUUUAUUUCAGAAGCUUGACGGGACACAUUUUGGCAUCCAAAGAUGGCUUAGUGGAACUUUUUAAGACUGUCAAUAGUCUGGGAUCUUAAGUGACAAUCCUUUUAGAUACACAGGACUUUUACUAAAUAGUCACACUCUUCAAGGAGGCUUUUACCUGGGCAUUGUAGGAUGUUGCUUCUAGAGCUGCCAAUCUCAGUAACUCUGCAUCAGUUUGAGGAAUUUCUGGAAAUACGUCUCAUUUACUGAUACUGUUUUUUUUUUCUUUUCUUUUAUUGCACUAGCAAUCUUUGCAUUCCUUAUUUGCACUGUUACUGAUGCAUAUGGAAAAGACCUGCCAAAAAAGGAUUUAUUUUGUAUCUCUCUAACACCAUAUCUUAACAUUAGGAGAAAAGACACAUAUUUGGUUAUGUUUUAUCUGCAUCUCUUGCACUGGAGUUUACGGUGUUGUUGGAAAUGUUACCUUAGUAUUUUUUUAACCAGUAAUUUAUUUAACACACUGAGUUGUAAAAUUGUGCUGCAGUUAAUUCUACUUCUUUCUCCUUGCUACAGUGUUGUCCAGUGUACCUUUCUGCGGUUUGUAUAUCACCACCCACAUUUGCAUUAUCUGUUUUAUUAUUUUGUUUGUUUUAUAAGCUUUAUUGAGUGCAGAUGCUGAAAUACAUAAAAAAAAUAACUACAAGAAGCAAAACUCCUCCUACUUCCUACAGGAGCGAACAUUAUUCCUGUGAUAUAUUUUUGAAUGUGGAGGUGUUGAAACUAUACAGCUAAUUGAAUUCUAUUGUCUUACUAAAAUAUGUGCAUUGUAAAGUCAAA